UCUUUCGUUUUUUGUGUUCAACUGUGACUGUCUUCAUUAGAUUUGAGACUAUCUAUUUACAUUCUGAUUAUUUCUUAAGAAGAAGCGGCCAUGGAAGUCAAAGGAGCAACCCGGAGCUCUAUCAUAGUUCCUUCUGUUCAAGAGAUGGUGAAGGAGAAGAUGAUCACGACGGUUCCUCCGAGGUAUGUACGGUCUGAUCAAGACGUAGCUGAGAUAGCCGUUGAUUCUGGUCUAAGAAACCAGAUCCCAAUCAUAGACAUGAGUCUUCUGUGUUCUUCAACCUCCAUGGAUUCUGAGAUUGACAAGCUUGACUCUGCUUGCAAAGAGUGGGGAUUUUUUCAGCUUGUAAACCAUGGAAUGGAGUCAAGUUUCUUGAACAAAGUAAAGUCAGAGGUUCAAGACUUCUUCAACCUUCCCAUGGAAGAGAAGAAGAAUUUGUGGCAACAACCCGAUGAGAUCGAAGGGUUUGGACAAGUAUUUGUGGUUUCAGAAGAGCAGAAACUCGAUUGGGCAGAUAUGUUCUUCCUUACAAUGCAACCUGUUCGAUUACGCAAGCCUCACUUGUUCCCCAAGUUACCUCUGCCCUUUAGGUUUGCCUCAAAUGUAUAAAAUCAUUCUUAAUAAAUACACAAAUUUUCUCUGUUUAAAACUUGGUUUAUGUUUCUUCAGAGAUACACUAGACAUGUAUUCGGCUGAAGUGAAAAGCAUUGCUAAGAUCUUACUUGGGAAAAUAGCGGUAGCUCUGAAGAUCAAACCCGAGGAAAUGGAUAAGUUGUUUGAUGAUGAGUUAGGGCAGAGAAUUAGGCUGAAUUACUACCCGCGUUGUCCAGAGCCCGAUAAGGUUAUUGGUCUAACUCCGCAUUCUGAUUCUACAGGACUCACCAUACUGUUGCAGGCUAAUGAAGUUGAAGGUCUCCAAAUCAAGAAAAAUGCCAAGUGGGUUUCUGUCAAACCUCUCCCAAAUGCUUUGGUUGUCAAUGUCGGAGACAUCUUAGAGAUAAUAACGAAUGGGACAUACCGAAGUAUAGAGCAUCGUGGAGUUGUGAACUCAGAGAAAGAGAGACUUUCGGUGGCGGCAUUCCACAAUAUAGGAUUGGGUAAAGAAAUUGGUCCUAUGAGAAGUCUCGUGGAAAGGCACAAGGCUGCAUUUUUCAAAAGCGUGACUACUGAAGAGUAUUUCAAUGGCUUGUUUUCCCGUGAGCUCGAUGGAAAAGCUUACCUUGAUGUUAUGAGACUCUAAAAGGAAACAAUUCAUAAAAAUAUUGGCUUGUGCCCCAAGAAACCAAUCACAUUUUCUGACCCUUCCUAUUGUAGUGUAUAUACUCUGUUUCUCCUCUGUUUCAUGCUUUUGCAAAUAGCCAACAUCUCUCUCUCUC